CUCCAUGAACGUACAACACGCAAAGCAACAUAACAUACAUUGAACAGAGAAAGGGAGAGAGCAGAGAGCGAAAUUAUGCGGAGCGCAGAGGUAACAACAGUGAUGGUUGCUGCCGUGUUUUUGUCUGUGGGUUUGAACACUCUCGUAAAAGCAAAUCUCUCCAAAGGCAUGAGCAAUUACGUUUUCGUUGCUUAUUCCAAUCUCUUCGGAUUCUGCUUCCUGCUAAUUGCAACCACCCUUCAUUACAGAAACAGAUCUCCCACACCGCUCAAUAACUUCAUUCUCUUCAGAAUUUUUCUCAUUGGCUUCCUCAGUGUUUCCAUUCAGACGCUUGCUUAUGCUGGGCUUGGAUAUAGCUCUCCCACUCUCAUCUCAGCCAUUGAAGAUCUUCUUCCAGCUUUUACUUUCAUAAUUGCUGUUGUUUUCAGGAUGGAAAAGCUGGACCUAAAGCUAAGAAGCUACCAAGCAAAAACCAUUGGGACUGUGGUCUCAAUUGCAGGGGCAUUAACAAUGACUUUGUACAAAGGUUUUGCUGUGACAAGUAAUCUCAUGCCAAACAAUUUAUUUCUCUCAUCUCAACAAUCACAAUGGGUACUAGGAGCAUUUCUCAUAACAACUGCUGCCUUUUGUGCUUCAGUCUCACUUGUUAUACAGACAUGGACAAUUAACGAUUACCCAGAGGAGCUAAUGCUAAUAACCAUUGCUACCAGUUUCUCUGUAAUCCUAUCUUUCGUAGUUGCUUUCAUUGCAGAGCAAAAUCCCAAGGCAUGGAUACUUAAGCCUGAUAUGGAAUUGGUGUGCAUAUUGUAUUCAGCCAUUGUAGUGCUGUCUACACGAAGUGUGGUGUAUGCAUGGGCAUGUCGAAAGAAGGGAGCUGUGUAUGUUGCUAUGUUCAGUCCUUUAGGAAUUGUGAUUGCACUUGCUAUGGGGAUUGUGUUUCUCGGAGACACUCUAUAUCUCGGAAGUGUAAUCGGAGCUGCUACAAUAGCUGUUGGGUUUUAUGCUGUAAUAUGGGGUCAGGCUCAAGAGGAAAACAUGACUUGUGAAAAAGAUGGAACCUGUGGAAUUAUCUGUUCGUCUUCAUCUUGUUCUGACACCCUCUUACUGCAUAAAACCAAAGAUACAAUGGUAGCAUGACAGGUUUGAGGGAGACUUUUAACCUAUGAUGGAAACCGACAUUAUGAGAUAGUUGAAAUGAAGUCCUAUGUCAUAAAUGUUUUCCUUUUAUUUCAAUACGAAAUAGAACUAUAGCAACGGGCAAGUCAUUAAUUUCCCCUUGCACACCCCAUGUUUACUAGCAGAAAAUAUCUGUCAAAUAAGUUGUAAUGUAUACUUAAUUUGUACGGUUAUACAAUGUAUAUAUUUUGUACUGUUAUAUAUGAUUAA